AGAAGGAAGUUUCUACAGGCUGAACUGUUGGGUGUAUACAUUUCGUGUAAGAAAUGAAGGAAGCCUUUUAGCUGGAGGAAGUCACCUCGUAAUGUCUCGUGACCAUCACGUACCAUCAUAGAAACCCACAGUACAGUCACAAAAGAGGCACAGAAGACACUGGAGCACCACAGAGACACAGCACAAGAAAGUGACAUUGUGUGCAUAGAAUUGCACCAUGCCAAGCUACAAAUUGAUUUAUUUUAAUAUGAGGGGGAGAGCAGAAAUUAUUCGUUAUAUAUUUGCUUAUUUGGACAUAAAGUAUGAAGAUCACAGAAUACAACAGGCUGACUGGCCUAACAUCAAACCAACUCUUCCAUUUGGCAAAAUCCCUGUUUUGGAAGUCGAAGGAUUCACCCUUCACCAGAGCCUGGCAAUAGCAAGAUAUUUGACCAAAAACACAGAUUUGGCUGGAAAAACAGAACUGGAACAAUGUCAAGUGGAUGCUGUUGUGGACACCCUGGAUGAUUUCAUGUCACUUUUUCCAUGGGCGGAGAAAAAGCAAGAUGUGAAAGGCCAGAUGUUCAUGGAGCUGCUCACACAUCACGCACCUCAUCUUCUGCAGGAUUUGGACACGUAUUUAGGCGAUAAAGAUUGGUUUAUUGGUAAUUAUGUAACCUGGGCAGAUUUCUACUGGGAUAUUUGCAGCACCACACUUUUGGUCUUAAAGCCUGACUUGCUGGACAACCGACCCAGGCUGGUAGCAUUACGCAAUAAAGUCCAAGCUAUUCCUGCAAUUGCUGGCUGGUUACAAAAGAGGCCACAAACCAGACUCUAGGUGACACAAUCUCUCCCAAGGGAUAAAACAGCUAUGCCAGCCUUCCAGACAACACAAACCUUCACCUUCCCCCUCCACCAGGACUUUCACUUUGCCACAUUCUGCUGUUUUUUUAAGUAUUUAGUUUCCAGGAUUUUAUUUUUCAUUAAAGCUUUAUAGCUUGGAUAACUGGGGAAAAUAGUUUAAGAUGUACUUUGCACCAGUUUUGACAUGCACGGAUAUUAAAUGACACUAAAUUCCUCCAAAA